UAUUGUAACUGUUUAGUUUUACAACCAGGAGAACGGUGGUAAGCCAUCCCUCGUUGGGAUUCAAUUAGUGGUGCCGAAGCCACCUAAAAACUAUCGUUUUAUGAAAUGGAAUUGAUCAUUGAUACGGAAAACGUGCUAUUGGACUGAUGUCGGUAUUGAUCGGAUGCGCUGCCCUCGUUGUUGGCAUUAUUACUACGAUGCCUAAGAAAUGUGAUCCUCAGGUGGAAUGGUGGCAAAGCAGCACUUUCUACGAAAUAUUCCCGGCAUCUUUUCAGGACUCGACAAAAGGAGCCGACAGAAUCAGCGAUUUGCGUGGAAUAAUUAUGCGGCUAAAUUAUUUAAAAAAACUUGGAGUUAUUCGAUUAAAUUCGAUAUUUUCAGCAUCGCAUUAUCCAGAAUAUUACUCGGAAAUUAGUAAUAUGACAGAUGUAAAUAAAGAUCUGGGUACAACAAAAGAUUUUUCUGUUCUUGUACGCGAGAUUCAAAAACGAAAUAUGAGUAUAAUUUUGGAUUUGCCUUUGUAUCCAUUCAUAAAGACCUUGAGUAACCAAUCGGCAUCUACAGCGAAAGUAAAUGGAAUUGAAUGGCUUCGGGAUAAGCGAGAUGCUGCAAAUGAUCGAGUUCGCGAGCCAUCCGCACUGCCUGCAUCAGUCGAAACUAUUCGUGAUGUCUUAUCAUCUAUACCACCACCGCUAAAGAAGGCGAGAAGGGAAAUAUCCUCGUCGAGUCGUUUAAAUCAUCAACAAAAAGAUCCCACAGUGAGGCUAUCAAAUUUUGGCAAUUGAAAGGAGUGAAUGGUUUCUAUCUACAAGGAUUGGAGCAUUAUGUCAAUGAAGACACAUUCGUGAAGAGCCUCAUAUAUUGGAAGUCUCUCCUAUAUCCAAACAAUAUUUUUAUUUGUCAUAUAAAAGCUCUAAAGAACGUUACUUCCAUCAGUGCAAAAAACUCUAUCCUAUCCAGAAUAAAUUUACUUGAUGUGACUUUUCGUUUGACGAAUAGUACAAUGGAUAUCAAGACACAAAUAAAGCAAAUUACGAAGGGUACACUUUUUGAUAAACCUGUUUACCCGUGAAUACAUUGGUCAGUAGGCGGCGUGUACACCAGUAGAGUAGCCUCUACCAU